AUGCCUCCCCGCCUUGCUCCCCUCCGCGUCGCAAUCCGCAUCCCGCGCACACCCGUCGCUUCAUCCACAAAGUCGGCGGCCGCGGCCUUCUACUCAACAUCAACAGCCUCGGACUCGAACCAGCCGCUCAUCACUGUUACCCAGCUGCCUGCCCCCGGGUCCGGCCAUAUCCGCAUCCUCGAGCUCAACCGCCCAAAGGCCCGCAACGCCCUCUCCAAGGCUUUACUCUCCCAGCUGCGCGCCGAGGUCGACGCCGUCCACGCCCAGUAUGACCCGGAGUCUGGCGCCGAGCUGCCCCAGAAGCAGAUCUUUGGCGGUGCUGCCGGCAAAGACGUCAAGGGCCCGACCCGCGCCUUGGUCCUGGCAAGCGCUGUCGAGACGAGCUUCUGCGCCGGUGCCGACCUAAAGGAGAGGCGCGGCUUCACCCAGGAAGAGACCGACGAGUUCCUCCACAACCUGCGCUCUACCUUCACCUCCCUCCAGAACCUCCCCAUCCCGACGAUCUCGGCCAUCUCCUCCCUCGCCCUCGGCGGCGGCCUCGAGCUCGCACUCUCCACCCACUUCCGUGUCCUCUCCUCCAACGCCCAGAUCGGCCUCCCCGAGACCCGCCUCGGCAUCAUCCCCGGUGCCGGCGGCACUCACCGCCUGCCCGCCCUUAUCGGUCUUUCUCGCGCCCGCGAUCUGAUCCUCACUGGCCGCCGCGUCUCGGCCCCCGAGGCUUACUUCCUCGGCAUUGCCGACCGCCUCGUCGAGAUUACGCACGACGAGGCCGAGAAGGCCGGCGAGGGCGACAAGGACAAGGGCGUACUGCUCGCCGCUCGCAGGGCUGUGCUGAGCGAGAGUGUGCGCCUCGCCGGCGAGAUCUGCGAGGGCGGACCUAUCGCCGUCCGCGCUGCGCUGCAGGCCGUCGCGUGGGCGAGGGAGGAGGUCGAGAACAAGAUGUACGAACGCGUCGUCGCCACCGAAGACCGUAACGAGGCGCUGAAGGCGUUCCAGGAGAAGAGGAAGCCCGUCUUCAAGGGCCAGUAA